GGCGACACGUAUUCUUUCGAGGUUAUGCAACAAGGUUCGUUUACAGUUGACGUAUACCCCAGUUUCUUGUUUGUAUUCCAAAGAAUCUGCAUUAUCACGGAACGCAUCUUGUUCCAGACUUAUAAGAGAAGCACUCAGUGAUUUCGAAGACACAGAAUUUCAACCCUUACGAAUAAGAGGAUAUGCAUUAGGUAGAAAUUUUUCCAGGGCUAAUGUUGAUACUAUACAGUAUCUGGAAGAUAAAUCCGGAAAAGUUCUUGAUAUAAUGGAAGCACAGGAAGUCAUGAAAACAGGUGAAGGGGUUUUCACUAAACGAGUAUCAUUCAAGUCCAUGUUUGAGGAUGGUUUCCGUUCUCUUGAACUAAACAUCGAAGGAAAGAAAUGUCCAGAUCCAAGUCUUCAGUUCGUUACGGACGCUUUUAUAUUAGGAUUCUUAGAAGAGAAAGAUUUCCAUGAGGAUUGUUUGAGAUGCAUGCAUAGAAUACCUGAACAAAGAGAUAGACCUAUAAAAAAUGAUGAAUCAUAUAUUUGCACAUUAUUAGCAAAUCAUCUGUUCUCCAGGCUAACUAUUCGGUUCUCUGGACAUCAUUAUUUUUUAACAAAUGACUAUCACAAUAAGUUCGAUGUUUGUCCUUGUAUGAAAUGUGGUCAGCAGAUCAGAUAUCGGAAUACUGGAAUUGGGAGUGAAUAUUUAUGGUAUGGAAGACCAGACAUCAUGUUGUUCACUAUGGCAGGAGGUGGCUGUAAUAUUAUAUAUGCAGAAGACUGCAGUGCAGAUGACAGAGAGUUCGAUGUAGACCAAGCAGAAAAUCAGAUAAUUGAAAUUGAUUUGAAAUCAUCAACAUUACGAAAAAAGGAAAAAAUUGAGCAAGUUGUUGCACAGACAAUUACUUAUUCAAUGUACCAGAGGGUACGUCAGAGAGAAAAAGGCAAAACACUUCCUCAAGCUUUUUUAAUUCCUACUAUUGUUGCAAGUUCUGAUUACUUUGAUAUUUAUAUGUAUGAUACACAGAAUGACAUCCUGUUAAGAAAUAAAGGAGAUCCUAUUCCUAUUUGGAAUAAGAAUAAAUUUAGUGCAGAGGGUGAAACAUUAAAUUUAUCAAACAUUUUAAAAAUUUGGAUGACAUUGAAUCAUUUUACCUUAAAGCCUAAACUUUUAGUAGAUGAGAUUAAAAGUUUAAAAGGAACAUGUGAUUUUUUAGGUCGUAUUGCUCCAAAACGCUUACAUUUGAUUGAAAAAACAAUUUCUAUGCAAAAAAAAUUUCUCCCAUUAAAGGAGAUGGAAUUGGAAUUGGAUGUUCCUAGUGUUCCAUUAAAACAAAAGUCUCUACCCAGUACAUGCAGUAAUGAUGAAGAAAAAUGACAAAUCUACAUUUAUGGUAUAAUUGCUUACAUGUAUGGCGUUCAUUAUUACUGAACUAGUAAAUAUUUUGUUUAGGGGGCAGCUGAAGGACGCCUCCGGGUGCUGGAAUUUCUCGCUACAUUGAAGACCUGUUGGUGACCUUCUGCUGUUGUUUUUUUCUAUGGUCAGGUUGUUGUCUCUUUGACACAUUCCCCAUUUCCAUUCUCAAUUUUAUUUCAUUUGAACUCUGGUGGAUAGUUGUCUAACAUGUUUAACACCACCACAUUAUUUAUGUAUGUGCCUGUCCCAAAUCAGGAGCCUGUAAUUCAGUGGUUGUCGUUUGUUUAUGUGUUAUAUAUUUGUUUUUCGUUCAUUAUUUUUACAUAAAUAAGGCCGUUAGUUUUCUUGUUUGAAUUGUUUUACAUUGUCUUAUCGGGGCCUUUUAUAGCUGACUAUGCGGUAUGGGCUUUGCUCAUUGUUGAAGGCCGUACGGUGACCUAUAGUUGUUAAUGUCUGUGUCAUUUUGGUCUUUUGUGGAAAGUUGUCUCAUUGGCAAUCAUACCACAUCUUCUUUUUUAUAUAUCAUUGGCAAUCAUACCACAUCUCCAUAUUUUUAUAUUUACAUCCAUAUUAUAUUUUCAGCAAAAAAAGUUAAGGACCACCAACAUGACCAAUUUGUACUUUCCAUUACAAAAAUAUUAAAAACUCCUGUCUGAAAAUCUUCUGUAGCAGCCUUGGUAUUAAAAGUGGCACAGAGAAACAUCUUUUUGUCUGAUCAUUGACAACUCAUUUUUACUCAUUAAAAAGUUUUAUGAAGUUGAUAAUUCCAACACAUGUCAAAAGGUAUAAAACAUAAUUUGUGAAAUUUGAUUUUCGUCCCAAAAAAGAGUUAAAAAUGUGUUCUAUUAAGAUGGAUUGUGUUACAAAAGAUUUGUUUCUUUUGAACUGUUUAUUACAGAAAAUUUCAUGACUUUCUCAUUUUCAAAAAGUGGUUUUAAUAAUUAUUUAGAUUUUCCGUUAAACAUAUAUAUGCUAAAGAAAAUGACUCAUCAAAGCAAUCUUUAUUUCUGUCUUCAUAUACUGAUAGUUAAAUGGUGUUAGAAUUCAUUUAAAUUGACAGAAUGGAAUUUUUCAGGGGGAGAAUGUUGAUAUUAGAAAAAAAAUGAUAAACUUGAUUUUUUUUUAAAUGUGAUAACGUUAUAAAAGUUGGUUAAUUGUUGCAUAACACAUUAAAACCACCCUGCCAAGUGUCAUAUUUCUGGCUACAGAAGUUAUUCCUGUAGCCCUUGUAGAUAGUUUAAGUCAUCUAUAAUUUUUUUUUAGAUCCCAUACAACAAAGUAGCAGGGGUAUAUAAUGUUUGUGCUGUCCGUCAUUCAGUAUCGUCAUUUGGCAAUUUGUAAUUGUAAUGCUUGUAAUAUUACAUUUUUUUUUUAUGUAAUGUAAAGUAAUUUGUAAUGCACAUUUUCUGCAUUACAAUUACAUGUAUUGUAAUGUAAUGAUUACUUUUGUUAAAAAUCAAUGUAAUGCCUCCAUUACUGUACAUUACUUUUCAUUACAAAUUGGUUAAAUAAAUAAAAUUGCAGAAUAUUGUAAAAUAAAAAUAAAAUAAAUAAAAUAUUAACAAAAACAAAAGAAAGUAUUGAAUAAAAUUAUUGUCACAGUUAAUUACUGUAUUAAAUAAAUUGCAUCAAACUUUAAAACACAGAUAAAGGUAAGAAAUAUAAAAACUUCUUUAAUUGGCAAAGGGGGGGGGGGGG